AUCAAAAGGGAAAUCAGUCAGACGGGUAAAGAGAUUGGAAUUAAAGUUGAAAAACGACUUGGAGAUAAUUUGCCAAUUUAAGAAAGCAAGCACAUUUGUCCCUUAUGAAAACGAACUGUUUUACGACAGUAGCCACAGUUUAACUAUGGUAUUUGUAGUAAAACCACAGUAACCUCAAAUGUUUACAUUGUCUUACUAUAAUACCCAUAGUUGAACCAUGAGAGUUUUAACUAUAGUAGAGGGUCAAUUGUCUAGUAAAUCAUUGCGAUUAUAACUAUUAAUUGUCUGUUUUAUGCCUUUGGCAUUUAAUUCUCAUAAAUUUUUGAUAGCCUUUUGAAACCACCAUAUUGUUAUGAAUAUAAGACCAUAAUUUAUUUUCUAUUAGAUAAUGGAGUCAUCAUAUAUUUAAGGUCUAGGCUUUUACAUAUAAUAAUUCAGCCGCCAAUUAUGUGUAAAAUGAGUUUGAUCAGGAGUGAAUUGAAGCCAGCAUUCAAAUGCUAUCAGUCAAACUUCUAGUCUGUUUUUUCACACUUGCGAGACUUCAAUAAAAUGUUAAUUCUAUGUUAAAGAAAUUUUGAUAUCCUGAUUUUCACAUUGAGAUGAGCUUGAAUACAAUUACAUUGAAUUAAAACAGGUUUUUUAUGGAAUAUAUACGUUUAUAUAAGUGAUUGUUGGUACAUUUGACCAUUAUUAUCAUACUUAAAUUACAAUAUAUACACUAAAAUAUGCAAUAUGCAGGCACUGUAGCUCCCCCUUGUGUCCUCUACAGAGAUGUACAAUAAUUGCGAUGAUCUGAAACCAUUGCGAUGAGACAGCCACAGUUAAUAGAAAACAGGGAGAUGGUUCACCCAGGAAUAAAAAAUGAUAUACAUUUUUUACUCUCGUGUUAUUUCAAAACGGUAUGACUUACUUUCCGUUGCAGAACACAAAAAAGAUAUUUAGAAGAACCUUGGUAAGCAACUUUGGCCCUAGCCCUGUACUACUACUGACUUCCAUUGUGUUCCACAAAAGAAAGAGUCAUGUACAGGUUUUCAGGACAUUACAGUGAAUAAAUGAUUUUAUUUUGGUGUAAACUAUCUCUUAAAUGGUUAUUUGACAUAUCCUUAGCGGCCACAAGGUGGCACUAUAAUCUAAGAAAUGUAACCAUUCCAAAGCAAUUUACCAACCUACAUUUUUCAGAAACAUGAGAAAUAUGUCAGUCAGAUCCGUACCCAAUCUCAGACAAACACUUUACAACAUUAGAAGAUGUUUAGAUACCUACGACAUUCGUUUGAAUAAAGGAUUGACUUUAACCUACAGUCAAUCUGACUGCAUUUCAUUAGUUAACAAGGAUAAUAUCUCCCCAGUAUCGAUAAAGACCUUUUAAUAGGGAUGCACCGAUGUAUCGGUCCCCGAUGUUGGAUUUAUUUGAUAAAUGAAUUGCAUGGAGGCAAUGAGUUGCAUGUCAGAAUAAUCCAACGUUUUUUACGAAGAAAAUAAUUAAAUGGGAACAGCACAGACUUUAUUUAAGUUUAUUAAAGAAAUAUUCAAUGUUAAGACAAACUUGAGCUACUGUUGUUAAUAAAAUAAAUAUUGGAAGAUUUGUAGAUUGUCAUGUUGUCUAGCUGUAUUUUUAUCUUAACUUGUUCCUCAAUUAAAAUGUUAAAUGGAUCCAAUUCAUGUUCAAUACAAUUAAUUUAAUGCAAAAAAAAAACUAUCAAGUAUUGUAAAGUAAUGCAAUGCAAUCAAGCAAUUGACCAAUAUGGGUAUCGGACGAUAAAAAAAUCAUAUCGUGCAUCCCUAUAUUUACUACUCUGCAGUAAACUAUAGGCAAAUGUGUGUUUUUUAAAUCAGUCCACAUACCGCCAUACAUUUAAUGUGCUGCUUUUUACUUCCUUAAAUUCAGAGCUUCUUUUUGUUGAGCUAAAACACCCAAAAAAUUGCUUAAAAAGGCUGCAUUAAAAACCUAAAAUUACAUCUCUUUAUUACAUAACACUUGCUUUUAUUAUAGGAAUGUGUUACUCACAAAAUAAAACGCGCAUAUGACAGUGCCAUAGGCAAAGUAACAUUCAUAUGGGCUGUUUACAUUGAAAGUGAUGAAAUCAAAUAUGCGGUUGGCAAGUCGCUGUACUGUAAGUUUAUAGUUGUUGCUAACUCGCCUGCAGUAUCAGGUGCUUUACUGAGAACUAAAACGAGUCAUUCAUCCUGUACUGCCAAUAUAUGUUAUCCCUUUACACCCCCAAGAAGAAAAUGGGCUUGGAACAUGUCAGUGAGUAAACAAUAAUAGGAUUUUCAUUUUUCGUGAACUAUAACCUUAAAUCUAAAGUGUUGUAUUUUAUGAUACAACUGAACAUUUGUUUAAGGUUGCAUUGGAAUCACAGUAAACAAUUAAGGGAGCUGUUCCCGGCCAUCCCCCUCCUCAGACUCCACGCUCACAGGAGUUACCAGACAUUUACAAUUGUGUAAUGGAAAGCAUAAACUCUUACGCUAAGUUUAUCUGAUAAUUUAUACAAUGGCAGUGGUUUUAUUGUUGGCAAAUAUAACUCAAUCAGCAGUUUGUUUCCGAGGUUGCGUCCUCCUGAGGUUGCAUUUUAUGGGCCAUAUUGCGGUCUCGUUUAAGCGUAAUAAAUUGGUAUAUUACUCCUCGUAAGUUGUAAAAUAAUAUAGUAAUCCUUUUUUUGAAGUUUGCAAUGUAGUCGUACCAGAAAGGGUAGAAUCUGCUCUGACCAAGAUCGUUUGUCUGCUGCAAUAUGCAGUGAUUGUCACCAAUUGGCAACCGAGCUGUCCAAAUACACUAGUGGGUAAAAUUAUUACAUACAGCUCCCUUAAAUCCCUUUAAACUUCUUUGAGUGAUGAUAAUGGAAAGUAAAUUCAGCUAAUAUAUUGCCAUUAUAAAUGCAACCCAAAGCAUUCACAGGAAUUAUUAAAAUAAGGUUAUUACAAAUAUGGCAUAAUCUGAAUUUAAUAUUGUGAGAACUUUCUGCCAUAUUAGAAAGCUUGGCCUGUGUUGCACAAAGCAACCAGAUCCACUAAAAUGCUAUUUAAAGCUUCAUACAUUCUCCUAAGCAACAACUGGGCAACUACGUUUUCAAAGACACGAUAACGGUGGCUAUUUUGAUCUUGAUAUGUGAUACCUACCAACAGAUAAAGCUUUUUUUCUAUCUAUAGCGAUCCAUCAUGCAAUCUUUGUGUAAGCAGCCAAACCAAGAUGUUAUGUAGUAACUAUCUGAAAAAUUUACUAUAUGCGGUUUCAUUUAAAUUACAUUUUAUGCUGAAAACAAUUUACAUGAAUCCACAGGGUAAUUAAAAAUUAAUUUAAAUAUGCCAACAUUAUCAUUUGUCAGUUAAUAAAGAAUCAUCAUUCAAUCUCUCCGUAGAGUCAAGAAACUUUGUGAGAUAACACUGGUAUAAACAGGAUUGAGUUUCGUAAGGAAAAUACAUUUCCUGUAAAUAACCAGAGUUUGACAUUGUGUAAGAUAUUUAUAGUGUCGUCACUCACCCUUAACCCUCUUUUCUAUUUACAAUUUACUGCUAUCUUACUGACCUCAGCACAAGGAGUUACAUUACAUGCUGGGACUCGGAAUUCCUCCAGCAUAUUUAAGACUUGGCAAAAAGAGGGGAAACAGAUGUCUUGUUGCAUACAGCGUAUGCAGUACAUCAGUUAAAUCAUUUUAAAGGGUUCAAAUGACACGGCUAACGCGAAUAUUAUUGUUUGUUUAAGAUGUAUUGUAAUGUGUAUACACAAUUUAAUUUUCAAAAACACUGUAUUUUCCACAUACCGUGCAUGUUUGAAUCUCCUCUUUGCCCCGGCUCUCUGAAACAUGCUAAUAUUUUACUUAGCUCAUCGCUCUGAAAAGCAAGGUGUGCUAUGAUUGGCCAGUUAACCAGUGCGUAGUGAUUGGUCGAAUACUGCAAGCGUUUCACAGAAAUGUAACCCCUCUUAUCCUAUUCAGAACAUCAGGUUCCAAAGAAAUUGUACGGACACUGACAAGAGAUAACAUGUCAUCGGUACUUCCUUAUAUCAAUUCAAGCCUGAAUCUGAUAAGGAAUAUAAAGAUGAUCAAGCCGAUACAUCAACUUUGCCAGCACGACUUAAGCAGGAUUUAAAGCAUUGGUACGAGUUAAGGGGACGAUGGUGCUCUCCUUGGUGCUUUCCUUCUCAAAUCAACAUGUUCAAUCUCAUGAGCAACUGCUGCAGUUGGGUCUCCAAACUCCAGCAACCUCUGAGGAAGGUCACAGUGUUAGUGGUUGGCUUGGACAAGGCUGGAAAAACUUCUUGUGUCAGAGGGAUGAUGAGAGUGCCUCCUGGAGAAGUAGGUCCCACUCAUGGAUGUGUCAGCACUGAGCUGAGAGUGGAGAACUACCUGGUUAACAUACUAGACAUGGGUGGAGCUCCUGAGCUUCGAGCGUCCUGGAGAGAGCGUUAUGGUGAAGCUCAUGGGAUCAUCUUUGUGAUCGACUCCAGCGACAGACAACAAAUGAAAGAUGUCAGAGAAGCUUUGGUGGACUUGCUGAAGCACCCAAGAGUGGCUGGGAAACCUCUUUUAGUGCUUGCGAAUAAGCAGGACAAAAUGAACGCUUUGCUGGGAAAUGAACUUAUUGAGAUUCUUUCCCUUGAGAGGCUGGUAAACCAGAGCCGAUCCCUCUGUCACAUUGAACCAUGUUCUGCCUUAAUGGACCUGCGUCGCUGGUCAGACAGAAAGACCCUGCGAGGUCUCCGAUGGUUACUACGAGCCGUGUGUCUGGACUACCCAGACCUCUGUGCCCGUGUGAUGAGGGAUGGAAAGCGACCGAUAGGCCCAGAGGAUAAAGACUGGAAAGGAAAAACAGAGAAGAACUGCAACAAAUCUAAAAUGGAGAGAGCCCGAACAAGCAAAAUAGAUAUUCGUCAAGAACAGCGCACAGAAAAAGUGACAAAAAAUGGGAGGCUGCAACCAAUCAGAAAUAUUCUGAAUCAGGAAAACUCUUUUAAAAAGAAUCUAAAGAAAAAGAAGAAGGUGACGAUUAAGAUUAAUAAGGGGAGUGCAAGCCAAGGAGCCGUGAAGGAAGAAGAGUUUGAGGAGACUGAAGCAAAUGAAGCAAAACAGGACCAAAAUGCUCUGAAGGAUAAAUCCAGCAAUAUAAACGGGAAACAUGGAAAGCUGAAACUCAAAGGCAAAGUGAAAGAGGAGACUUUGGUUUCACCAGAAUACCCCCAAAAUGAGGUCCCCAAAACCCCUAAAGAAAAAGGGGAAAGAAAAAGGAAGAAGACGGUUAAAGGAAAACGAAAAAACAAGAUAAACACAGAGGAAGUUCCAGCUGCGUAUAUGCAGCCAGUUGAUCUUUCAACCACUUUCGACCUUUACAGAAAAGCAAUUUUGGCUCUCAAAGCCCGACAGGAACAGGAGGUUGCGAGGCGGUGAAGAGAAAGGAUCAUCAUGGCAGAUCUCUGCAGCAAUGGAUGGCUUCCAAACAUUUUAAACCAUUUAUUAUUAUUGUUUUAUUUACUGGGCAUGAGCUCAGCCUAUAUCUAAGCUACAGUAACUGUUUUGUAAUGGUUAGAAGUGUGGAUUCAUGUUUGGUUAAACACGUAAGCAGUAUCGUUUUGGCAUCCGUGCAGGAAUUUCUGGAAUGAAAAUGAGUUUUUGGUUUUUGGAGAGAAAAAACAUGCAUGUGUUUUGCAUGUCAGUGGCAUUCAAUUUGAUAAAUAAACAGAAUAGCUUACUAUGGUAAAUAUUAAAAAGUGUUCACCUUGAUUUUUGAAGGAAUUUUAUAUCUUUUUUCUAAACAAUCUAUCCAUUUCUUUUUUUAACCAGUUUAUACUUUUUAUAGGUCUGUGGUUGUUUUAUAUAGAAAACGAAAUGCAUGACGGGAUCCUUAUUCAAGUGCACAAACACAAAAUAAUUCUCCCCGAUAUUCCCCUGUAAAGCAAUA